AUGGGAUGUGCUGCCAGCCUACCACCCACGGUGAAAUAUGCACCGUCACCCCGACCACCCGCGGUUGCUGGCGCCACGAACAAAAAGCGCCAGGAGGGCAAGCGUGCAUCUGAACACUCCGUGAGUGCCACAAGGUCUACACGAAGCAGCCGUGGUGGAGCUGCAAUCACACUGAUUGAGAGCAUGGUGAGUGUAGAUAGCUUCAUUCCGGAGACUGGGGCGCCCGACAUGGAGAGCAGCAAAUUACGCAGCAAGUUGCGCAAGUCAGAGGAAACCUUUGCACAAGGCAGCAACCCGGCUGAUUUUCAGCGCUUGGCAAGGGAGCUUACCCGGCGGCGCCAGAGGCCUCAAGCCUCCACAGCAGAUGACACCGAGUUGAACGCCUACGCCGUUCAGUCCAUGAAGGAAUAUCAAACCAUCGGAAGCCCCACAGGUAACCUUGCAGCUCGUCGCUUUUCCCAUCCUGUAUUGGCCGAGACCAGGCCAUUCGAUGAGCCGUCAAGUCUACAAUUGGAGGCACAGCUGUGGCGGGUUUGGCAGUCCAAGGAGAACUUGCAAUUGGCAACUCUCAAACCGAAGGACCUCGCAGAUGAGCCUUUCAAGGAUGGUUCCCAGAAAACUCUGGGCAGCUCUGCCACAACGACCUGUCCUACCCCCGGAGAGGAGCUUGAAAACGACUUCCUGGAGGAUGAGGAUCCCUUUGUAGGUUCACAGUAUGCCGUGUUGCUGGACGAGGAGAUCUGCCAGCCUUGGCCAGCCGGGAAUGAACCUCCCCGCACUCAAGGAUCUGUGGAGACCAUGGCAGCGGAUCUGAUCGACCCAGAAGAUCUUGAUGUGUUGCGAGAGAUUGACACAGUAGCCUUGCAGUUCCUCGAGACGAUCUUGUGUGCGGGAAAGCCGGUGUGUAUCACCCUGUCACAAAGACCGUGGGUGGAGCAGUCCAUGAAAGCCUUCCUUCCAAAGCUGGCCGAGCUUUGGGAGGCAGCGGGAGUCUCCGUGCACUAUGCGGUGGAAGAGUAUGUGCAGAAGCAACCGUGGGCCAGUUGGUGUUUAAAAUCCUCUGGACCAUCCUUGCUGGAAUCAACUGUGAUGGAGAUGAGCUUUCGAUCCCAGCAGAAGCGAAAGGUGAUGAAGCGCUUGCUUCGUGGCUUCUAUCAGGGCCAAAGCUGUUGCCAUGCCAUCAGUAUUGGCGACGGCUUGGCGGAGAGAAAUGCUUUGCAGGACAUUGCAUGGUGCCAUGAAAGCUUAACGGAGCAGUGCUGCGAUAUCACUUUGCAGGUGAAGACCAUUCAAAUGCUCGAAGACCCCAUGGCGGCUGAGCUGAAGGUGGAACUCCAGGUUCUUCGAGAAUGGCUUCCAGCCGUGGUCGAUUGUCACCAGGACUUUGACCAGGUUCUGGGAGAUGAGCGCCACUGA